UUUAUAUGUCAAAGGACCCCGGGAAGCACGUUGAUAUGUUUACGGUUUAGCCAUUGAGAGCAUGAUUGUGAGUUAUCGACCAGAGACAAUUACAUUUAAGGCCACAUUAUGAAUAAAUGAUUACGUUAUUUGUGAUAGUAUAAUGUGUGUAAAGAGCAGAGCCGGUGAAAUCGUUUGCAAGUUAGUUGGAUAAGUUAGUCAACACUGUUAUUAGCAUUGGUAGCACCAACAUCGCUUCAGCGGCAUAAAAAGAGGAAAAGAGUUGCCGGUCAUUCUACACUGAAUCGAUCAAACAUGGCAUCGUCAUUGGUUGUCCCAGUCAUCGAUGUCCAGAACGACAACUUUAAAGAGCUUUGGCCUGCUAUGGUCGUGGCCAUUAAAACGUCGUCCUUCAUUGCACUGGACACGGAGCUGAGUGGUCUUGGGAACAGAAAAGCUUUGCUGGCCGAAUCUAUUGAAGACCGAUAUAAAGCCAUAUGCCAUGCUGCACGCUCUCGCUCCAUCCUCUCUCUGGGAAUUGCCUGCUUUAAGAAACAGGACCUCAAGGUUGCAGACACUUACCUGGUCCAGGUUUAUAACCUCACCCUGUUGUGUUCAGAGGAGUACAUCAUUGAGCCCCAGUCAGUCCAGUUCUUGGUGCAGCAUGGAUUUGACUUUAACAAGCAGUAUGCACAUGGAAUAUCUUACUGCAAAGGCAAUAAUAAGGGAGGAUCUGACAACCAAGGUGUCCACAUCAGGGCCUUAUUCACUGAACUGCUGCGUGCCCGGAAACCCCUGGUGCUCCACAAUGGCCUCAUAGACAUUGCUUUCCUCUACCAGUGUUUUUAUGCUCAUCUGCCUGAACGCCUGGCCACAUUUACAGCCGACCUGUCUGAGAUGUUUCCUGCAGGCGUCUAUGACACCAAAUACGUCACUGAGUUUGAGCUGCGACUCAGUGCUUCCUAUCUGGAGUAUGCCUUUAAGAAAUGUAAGCUGGAUAACAGUCGCAGUCUGACUUCUGGAGGGACUGCGCAUCAUGUUCAUGUGGAGUUUUGUAAAUAUGCUGGUCCCAUGUCCAGCUAUGUGGACUUCAGAGUGUGUCCACUUGUUGCCUCUUCUGAGGGACAGACUGACAUCUGCGAGCGCUUCUCCGCGUUUGGCUGGUGUCAAAAUGGUUCCCAGUGUCCAUUAUCGCACGACACAGACCUUAUCAUCCUCCAAGAUGAGCGCAGCAAGGAUGACAAGCGAAAAAAGAGGAAGAGACGCCGAGAGAAGAAAAGAGGUCACGGAGAGGAAGCAGAGGGUUCCUCCAUGUUAGACAGAGCCCCGGAAAACAAAAUACCCCACAUGGAGGUGGAUCAAGAUGAAAGAGCAGAUGAACAGCAAACGAUGACUGUUGAUCUGGCCUCACAAAGUGGACCAGUGAUGGACAGUGAUGGAAACGCUCAACAGAAUGAAGUUGGAGACACGGAAACAGCACAUGAGGGGAAUGGAGUAAGUGAGGACAACACAGGCGCGAGACAUUCUGUAAGAAAUGCUGGUGAGGAAACAAACGGAAAAAUGAAUACAGACAAGAGUGAAGAAAACAAAGUCGUUGAAGGAAAAGAGAAGUUUAGUGACCCCUCAGCUGGGCUUGAUGCUCAGAAGAAGGCAGACGCCGGGACACACCGAGCAGGGUUUGACGCCUUUAUGACAGGAUACAUUUUUGCUUACUCUUGUACCUUUGUCCAGAAGGACAGAGUGGCAGCUGAAGACAAGAACAAGGAGGACGGGCAGUUGUGGCUCCCUUCCUGUCUCAAUAAGGUUUAUCUCAGCGGCAAAGAGGCGCCACUCAACGUGGUUAAAAGCACCUUCUCUAAGUCAUCCAAGGCUCACACGCAGAAGAUGGAGAUGGUGUGGGAACGCAAAAUGUAGCGUUUGCUCACAGUUAAAACAAGUGUAAAUUCACAAUGUAUUCUUUUUUUUAAAAAAAACAAAAAACAUGCCAGCAUCAUGGAUUAUCAUUAUCAUGACAAUGAGGCAGACUGAAAAAUCAGUAAAAGACUGUCUGUGAAAUUUCGACCUCCAUGUUACCCAGUAGAUUGAACCUGCUGAACUCAUUUGUUUUGUUUUAAUUUUGAUAACUUGUCACAUAUUCAUCAGGUUGAAUUUUCAAAGCUCUGGAGGUUUGCUUCCCUUAUUUUUAUGGAAUACUAUUAACAGGUGAAGUUUUGAUUUGUCUGAAACAUAUUUGUGAUAAAUGAUCAUAUUCUCAACCAUUUCAGCUCUAUUUUUGCAGGCAUUGACUAAGAUGGUGUAUCAGCACUUGACUUAUGAACAUAUGAGCAUUUUGCUAAAGAAAAGAACCACUUGUAUGGUUAUUUUCAUUUUCUCGUUAGGUUAAAAGUUCCAAUAGAAAUAUACAUGUAUUGAUUUAUUCAUUCAUUGAUAAAAUGAAAACUAAUUAGCAACUAUUGCGAGCAGUAAUUAAUAGUUAAAACACACUGAUGCCCAACAUUUUGUGGCCCCACAGCCAAAGUAUUUCUUAGUUUUCUUGGUCUUGACAUAUGCAGAAGCUCAGUAUAAUGUAAUGAACUUUUUGUUUUGAAUUGUAUAGGUCAUUGAUUUGAGUAGUCUUCUCUUGUUGACCUUGUAAUCAACCUGUGAAACUACAACAUUCAGAAUGAUGGCGUCUGUGACUUCAGUUUGUAAAAGCAGCAGCACAUUGCAGUGCAGUGGAGCCCCUUUCCAUUGAAUGAUGUCAUCAUGUUUUCAGAAACGGCCAAAGAGAUGAUGGUGAUUGGUUUUACUCCACAUACCAUAUGUUCUAUGAAAACCUGUUAUUAAAGAAAAAUAAUUUACUUUA